UCUUAGCUUUGAUUUCAUUGGAAUACCCACCAACUUGGGCUGCUCCUAGAUUUCAUCGUUUCUCAUUUGUUUUUUCCAAAUUUAGAAGAUUCUUAUACCAUCCAUGACUUAUUUCUGCUUAUCAAUUUCCACCAUUAUUUUUUAUUUUUUUUAAUUAGAUUUAGUCCCCGUAUUUUUCUCCAAUAGAACUUUUCUUGUUCAACAUUGUUCCUCUAGCUUGAUUUAACCAUUUUUAGACAUUUACAAUUAGCAGCUUCUGUCUUGUUUCACGCUUUUGUUGUUUUAUUUGUAUCUGUAAUUAGAAAACGGAGUCGGUAACUUACCAAUCACCAAAUCUUGUUUAUUUUUAGAACUAUUGGUCAAUUGAGUUUUUCAAAAAGAAGAACCCCUUCAUUGCUUGUAACAUCCGAAAACAUUCUCUGCCUCAACAUAUGACAAGGGAAGUCUCUUGACAUUAUCAGAGAUUAUUCCCAAGUCUUUCCUGUCUCUCCAAACAAACCCUCCUCAAAACAUUUCCAAUUCAAUCAAGAAAAGGAUUUUUGGGGUUUCAGAGACACAGCAAGAAAUGGGGCAGCUUGAGGAGCCAUCGUCUGCCAAAGGAGAACAAACGGAUAAAGCGCUUGAUGAGGGCGAAGGGAUGAAAUCGGCUCAAGAGGUGAAUAAGAGGUCUAGAGCGAUGGCCUCAGGGAAGGUUGCAGACAUCCAUACAGAACUUACAGCGGUGAAGAAGUCAUUAACUGGUGCAAUUGAAGAAUUGAAGAACAAGGAGAGGUACAUUGAAUACUUGAAAAGUGAACUCGGAAAGGCUAAAGAGUUGGAGGUGAAAUUGGCAGAGAAAGAAGCUGCAUUCAAUAAGUUGAAAGAAGAGUUAAUUAAGGAGCAAGACUUUGAGUCUGAAGCAAUGGAAUUGUUGUCUGAAGGUAAGACGAGAAUUCAUGAACUAGAGGAAGAAAUUGAGAAAGGGAAGGAAUCUGAAAAGAAGAUAUAUGAUUCAUUUGUUGCUCAAUCCAAAGAGUCUGAACAAACCAAGAUUUCACUUGAAGAAUCCAGGCAGGAAAUCAAGUCUCUCCUUGAAAAUCUGGAGAAAUUGGAAGGCUCAUCCGAGGCUGCAUCUCAGAGUUCCGUGGGGGAUAACCAUUCUUUGAUAGAUAGCCUUGAGGCAGAGCUCCAAUUGACAAAAGAGAAUUUGGCUCGUGCUCAGGAGGGUGAGAGAGCUUCUUCAUUGAAGGCAAAGAGUCUAGCUGAGGAGGUGAGCUUGCUAAAAUAUGAACUCAAGUCUACUACUGAAGCAGAAGAAAAUAACCAGAAAGCCAUGGAUGAUUUAGCCUUAGCAUUGAAAGAAGUGAUAACAGAAUCAAACCAAGCCAAGGAGAAACUCUCCUUAACAAUGGAUGAGCUUGAAAAAACCACAGCGGAAGUACAAAAUCUGCAGAUGAAGUUGAAGAAUGUUGAGGAAACGUAUAGCGAAGCAAAGAAAGAAGCUGAUCGAUUCAAAAACACUUCUGAGAGAUUAAGACUAGAAGCUGAAGAAACCCUUCUGGCAUGGAAUGGGAAAGAGAAAGGAUUUGUUGAUUGCAUUAGGAAAGCUGAAUAUGAAAGGAAUGCUGCACAACAAGAGAGCAAAACAUUGCUUGAAUCACUUAAAGAGGCUGAAAACAUGUACAAAAGGGCCAAGGAAGAGAAUCAGAAAUUGCGGGACAUCAUGAAACAGGCUAUAAAUGAAGCUAAUGUAGCCAAAGAAGCUGCAAGCAUUGCAAAGGAGGAAAAUUCGCAACUCAAAGAUGCCUUAGCCGAAAAAGAUGAAGCUUUGAAUUUCCUUUCCCAAGAGAAUGAAAACCUCAAGAUUAAUGAAGCUGCAGCUUUUGAGAAUAUCAGGGAGUUGAAGCUAUUGUUUUGCGAAGCAACAGCAACAACAACUGCAAAGGAUUGGGAAACAGAGGAUCAAGAGCAAGGUAAGAAACAAAAAGCAGUGAAUUCUGUAGACAAGGAACAUAAAGAUGAAAAAGAACAUACUAAGAAACCAAAGCAUCAUAAAUCCAGCAGCACUUGUUUGAGUCUUAAAUUCCCACAUUAUAAACACAAGGAGGCAGAAGAAGAACCCAAAAUCCCACUCAGAGAAAGUGAUGAAGAUUCAGACUCUGACAACUCUGACCCGCUUAGAGGCUCCAUAUUUGAUGUAGCUGAAACUCCGAACAGUGCAGCAGUUGCGACCCAUCACCGGAAAAAGUCUAAUUCUUUCUCAACAGAUGAUGAAGCAAUGAAUGGUGAGGAGUUUGAUCAUCUUGAUACAGCCCAUUUCGAUGAAGAAGGUGAUAGGAGCUCAAGAAAAAAGAGAGCAUUGUUAAGAAGGUUUGGUGAUCUUAUAAGGAGAAGAAGUUUUCACAAGAAGGAACAACAACCUUUAGAGUAAAAAAAAAAAGAUUGAUAAUCUUUUGUAUGUAUGACUUCAAUUUGUUUGUACACUUGAUUGUAUGAUUUUCA